GUAUCUAUAAUUAGAAUAUAGUAAUAAUGUACACAUGUUUUAGUUACAAAGUUACAAAAAUUUGUAAUUACUAAGAAUUCUACAAUUAAUAACAAAGGAUUUGAUAUAUUAAUUCAAUAUUACAAUAAAAAUGAAUGCUUUGCGUUCACUGACAAAAGCAUUUGUUCUAAAUAGAGGAUGUAAAACUGUUCAAUUAGAAACUAGAAGAUUUAUAAAACGAUGGGUUGCUCCAACACAAAUGGUAAUUACAAAAAGAAAAAAGAAGAUUGGGACACAGAUAGAACCUAUUCGUAGUAAUUUUCUAGAAUGGAAUAGAAAUGCAGAACUUUAUGCAUUUAAUGAAAGACUUAGCGAAAAAUUUGAUCCAGAAUUAUUAGAACAAGCAUUGAUUCAUAAAUCUUACGUUAUUAAAGAAGAAGAAAUGCAGAAGCAACAAGGAAUAUCAGAUCCUAAACUUGAUCUAAGGGAUAAUAGAGAUCUUAUACAAGAUGGAAGAAAUUUUGUUUCUAAAGUUGUACACAAAUAUUUACUUGAAAGUUUGCCUAAUUUACCAGAAAACGGUAUUAUGACUAUUCACAAUUAUCUCUUAAGCGAAGAAUUAUUGGCUAAUUCAUCUUUACACCUUGGAACAACAGAUUUAAUAUUAACUGAAGAACAUCCUGUUUCGAGCAAAACAUUAGCUGAUACAUUUCUUGCCCUUGUAGCAGCUCUUGUUCAAAGUGUUAAUGCUAAUCAUGCUGCUAUAUUCGUUCGUGAUUUUUUAAUAACAAUAUUAGCAGAAAAAGAGCUGCCUAAUAUAUGGUGUCCAAGCAAUCCUCUACAAGAAUUAAAUGAUAUUCUUUUGAAAGAAGGCAGAGGACCUGCAGAACCAAGAAUCAUUGGAGAAACUGGAAUAAAUACUCUUUUGUCGUCGUACCGUAUUGCGGUUUAUUCGGAUAAACAAUGUUUAGGUAUUGGAUGUGGUGCAAAUAUUCAGGAGGCAAAGGAAGUGGCUGUAAUUAAUGCUUUAUGCAAAAUAUAUGGAUUGUUAGAUUCUAGUCGUCCUAUAAAAUUUGACAAAGUUAUUGAGAUGGAUUAGCAAUAGAUGGUAUGAUACAAAUUUUUAAAGUAAUAUAAAAUAAGUAAAAAAUAUAUAAAUAAAUAAAUAAAUAAUAAAUAAUAAAAAAGGAUAUAUAUAUAUAUAUUUUUAAGUACAUGUAACUAUUUACACUAAAUUAUAUUACAACUUUCUAAGUUAUUAUUUCCCGAAACUGAUUGGUCCGUUCUUGAUUGGUUAGAGCCAAUAAGAAUUGAGGAUUUAAUCGCGACGCCAUCUGUCAUAAAAAUCAACAAUCACUACUUUUAAAAGGAUCACAGUAAAUCUAAGUUACGUGUAAACCAUGAUAUAUUACAAGAAGAGAAAUGUGCAAUUAACUCAUUGUUCUUCUGCUGACUAAUGAACGUUGCUCGCUCAGUUGAAAAACUUUGACGAAGUUUUUUUUUAUCGAUAAUGACGAGAUCAAGAUAGAAAAAAAAUUUAAGUCGUUGUUUGCAACAUUGACGAUUACAUCAAAAGUUGAAAUAAGAGAGAAAGAGAGUAUCGAAAUAUAUACGGAAUUAUCAUAAGAGUAAACAAAAAAGAUGUAUAAUUUUAUGAAAUAAUUUAUUAAAUUCAAUCUGAAAAGAAACGUAAAAAUUGGUGCGUAAAAUAAAAUCAUUUUAAAUAUAUAUUUAAAGAAAAAAAAAAAAAAAAAAAAAAAAAAAAAAAAAAAAAAAAAAAAAAAAAAAUACAAUUUAAUCAUGAAAAUCGACGAGAGCAAUAGCGUGACGUAGCGUGAAUAAUGGCUAACAUAUAUAUACACAUACGUAUAUACAUAACAAACAUACUCUUGUGUUAUUACUGGGAUGGGCGCAUGUACAUACAUAUAUGACAUACGCAUACAUAAAUACACAAUUCUUACAUGUGCAUAUAUAUUUAUAUACAUAUACAUAUAUAUUUAUAUACAUAUAUAUAUACAUAUAUAUAUAUAUAUAUAUAUAUAUAUUCAAGAUUUACCAAUGAUAUAAAACGUGAUUCUUUCUUUUUCACGCGUUGAAAUCAACUGAAGAAUUGCAAGAAAACAAAAUGGCGACGGUUACUUACACAAAAUGAUUUUCAAUCAAAAAUGUUCAUUCA